AUGUCUCCCAUCACCCUAAUCACCGGGCUGCUUGCCACAGCCAGCCUCGUCAUCCCUGGCACUCUCGCCGCAGAAGCCACGGACAUGGGGGCCGCUGCGUUCUUGUGGCCACCAGACCGUGCCUGGGGCGCGGCGCAGGACCGCACUGCCCCCUGCGGUUCCUCAGCCGGCGUCACCAACCGAACCGAGUUUCCUCUCACCAACGGCGCCGUCUCCCUAGUCCUUCAAACAGAAUCCUACUCCGUCAACCUCGCCAUCUCAUAUGACAACAACCCAACCAGCAACUCCGACUUCAGCACGAUCGUCUCGAGCAGCAACUUCCCCGACCUCGACCCGGGCCACGAAUGCUACUCCGUCCCCAACCCCCCCUCCACCAUCACCACCGGCUCCAACGCCACCCUGCAGCUCAAGUACGUCUCCGACUUCGACAACGACGGCAACGAGACCUACUACGCCUGCGCCGAUAUCACCUACGUGCCGCUUGCCUCCUUCGACACCUCGAUCCCCUGCUUCAACGUCUCGGAGGCGACCUCGACUGACUCGUCCUCGUCCUCGUCCUCGUCUUCCUCGUCGUCGAGCAGUGGUAAGAGCGCAUCCAGCGGCCUCUCCAAGGGCGCCAUCGCAGGAAUCGUAGUCGGCACGGUGGUCGGCGCCGCGCUGGUCGGCGUGGCUGCCUUCGUGCUGGGACGGUACUGGCAGAAGAAGGCGCAGCGGGAGCACGCGGUCGCGAUGAAUAUAAUGAACCCCGUGCAGAAGACGUGGUCGGCUUCGACGGCGGGACGGCAGGGGGCUCAGGCUUGA